AUGCUAAAGAGUUGGUCCUUGUGUUGCUUUGUCUGCAAGGAACAGGUGUUCUCCCAAGGGAAAGCGGGAAUACAAGGAGCACAGGGACCCCCAGGAAAAGCGGGACCCCCUGGCCCUGUGGGGGACCCGGGACCAGCAGGUGAACAAGGACCAAAGGGAGACCAUGGAGGAAGAGAACUUCUGCACCUUGAAGCCGAAGUGGCCGCUUUGAGAAAACAGCUGGAUGACUUAGCAGUCGCUGUCACUAAAAACCAAAAAGCUCACCUGUUCCCGAAUGGCAGAAGUGUCGGUGGGAAGUUAUUCAAAACGGACGGCUCCCAUGGCAGCUUUGAGGCUUCCAAAGCGACCUGCUUCCAGGCAGGCGGCCAGCUUGCCUCCCCGAGGAACGCUUCCGAGAACGCCGCCCUCCAGCAGAUUAUCGCCCGCCACAACAAGGCGGCAUACCUGGGAAUCAACGACAUGCAGGCUGAAGGCACCUUUGCCUAUCUGUGCGGCGAUGAGAUCGGGUAUAUGAACUGGGCCGACGAAGAACCCAAUAACGCCGGGGGGAAAGAGGACUGUGUCGAAAUAUACCUGGACGGAAAGUGGAAUGACCGGUCAUGCACCGAAAAGAGGUUGAUUGUCUGCGAAUUUUAA